AUGAACCGUCAAGCUAACAUCGACCACGACACAGACAUUGCCUGCAUCUCAUACGCCACACUCAUCAUCACCGCGACUAGUAUCUGCCAACAAUUUUACGACUUUGCUUUCUGGGUGGACAUCUUGACGGACCAGUUCUACUUUUCAAGAGAGAAUGCCGAUAACGCGGAGGUUCAAUAUAACAAAGGAUCACGGGGAAUCAAGCUCGCUCUGAGCUACGUCCGUAAGUUUGAAAACUUGAGUCUCGCUGCUAGAGUUCUCAGCACCGCUGCGUAG